CACAAUAUGGUUUCCAAGGUUCUUGUGAAGAUCGUCCCGGACAAACAGGCCACACGCGCAAACAAAUCGGCGAGAUAAGUGGCCUGUUUGUAAUAGAUACAAAAUUCAUUGCGAUGCCGAAUUCAGAAGAAGCUGACAAAAAACAUCCGGAUAGACAAAAGAGCACCACCAGCCGGCAGGUGACGGUACUGGAAUCUCAUGGCUUCCUCCUGGGACCCACUCUGGGUCACGGUUCGUACGCAGCGGUCAAGGCCGCUUACUCCAACAGGCACAAGUGCAAGGUGGCCAUCAAGAUCGUCUCCAAGAAACGGGCUCCUAACGACUACAUCCAGAAGUUCUUACCCAGAGAGAUCGACGUCAUCAAGAUUUUGAAACAUCGCAGCCUGAUCUGUUUCCUACAGUCGAUAGAGACUACAAGCCGAGUGUACCUGGUGAUGGAGGUAGCAGACAACGGUGACCUUCUGGACCGCAUCAAGGCCAAAUCCUUCAUCCCUGAACCUCAGGCCGGCCUCUGGUUCCAUCAACUCUUGGACGGCAUAGACUACUGUCACCGCAAGGGCGUGGCCCACCGAGACCUCAAAUGCGAGAACAUCCUCUUGGACGCUAAGGAUCACAUCAAGAUCACGGACUUCGGUUUCGCGAGGUCGGACCUGGAGGCGGUGGACGGGCGGGCCAAGCUGAGUGAGACGUACUGCGGGAGCUACGCGUACGCGCCGCCGGAGAUCCUGAGGGGCGUGCCGUACGACCCGUUCGUCGCUGACGUGUGGAGCAUGGGCGUGGUGCUGUUCACUAUGAUGUACGGGAGGCUUCCCUACGACGACUCCAACCACAGAACGCUUCUACAUCAGGUCCGAAACCCAGUCGUCUUUCCCAACGUGAAACACACCGUGUCAGAAGACUGCAAAACGAUGAUCAACAAGAUCCUGACCAGCGCCAAACGUCGUCUGUACAUCGACGGAAUCCGCAGAACAGGCUGGUGCCGCAGGGUGGCGCCUACGCGUUAAGUGGCCAGUAAAGCAGAAAGUGGCAAAGGAGGAACAACAGAAGCAGUCAAAGUGUAUCAGAUUCUUCCCGAAAAAAAAUAAAACUGGAUCAAACACGGUAUUAGCCUGUGCUGAAACAUUGAAUAAAUGAUAUUUGAAAGUC